AUGGCAGACCAACAGGAACAGAAUGACGAAGAGAGCAACCGGAUACGCUUGUAUCGUCAGCAAAUGAUCAAGGCUAUUGCGGAGGGUUUGGCCGAUAGUAGUGCCAGUAGCAGAUUCUUCUCCCAUUUCGAUACCCUUCCCGUGGCCCACCGAAUUGCCUCCUUUUUGCCACUGCCAACAACUUUCUUGCAAUCGCAGCUGUGUCAGUUUGUGGGUGGUACUAUUAAUAAUAGCACUACCUGUACUAGUAGUAGCGAUGCAGAACGCUACGCCCGCGAACUACUACGCGUGGGUCUCUGGCUAGGGACUCUGGAACACUGCGUCCAAAUGGAAGGAGGAAGUUUCUGGCAUCGUUAUGCACCUCGCAAGCCGUGGCUACAAAAACGAGAUCGCUGUGAGACGGUAUGGGAAUUCACUCCUGUGCUACAUGCCGGUGUUCAUUUGCGAAUCACCAUGGACGACAACAAGGAUCAUCUUCUGACCAACACGGAAAGUAGUAGUGGUGAUGACUGUGUGCUUGUCAACCUGAUUCUGGAAGACGAGCUGAAAGCGGGACAUUUCAUUUGUCUACGAGAAUGGCUCAAUGGGCUCUUCAAUAGUAAUAAGAUCCACUGUCAGAAGAACGACAGUGGUCCAGCGGUCCAAGCCAUUCUCCAAAUUGAAAGUUUCUCGGCCGACCACGUCCAUCUGCGCGUCGUGGCUAAUCCCUACAAUGGCGACUGCGGAUUCCAGAACCAUCCAGCCUUCAUGGUAUUCUACCAACAGGGAUGGUAUUGUCAGAAUCUGGAGUCCAUGUUGUUGGACACGACGACAAACAACACGGACGAGGUGGACUGGCUGCGUCAAAGCUGGGAAAUCCCACAAAUCAGUCGAGGACAACUUUUGCAGAAAAAAGGCACCAGCUUGAAGGGAGGAGCAAUAGCCACAGAGAGAUCGAAAGGGAUUGAAAAGAAAAUGGCAAGCAACAGGGAUCAACGCCUUCGAGCCAAGCGCCAGAAGAAAUCCCUUGCGGAUGAUUUGAUCUGUCCCAUCAGUUUGGAAUUGCCAUGGGAACCAGUCAUGGCCGAGGAUGCACGCAUUUAUGACAGGUCCUUCAUUGAGGAACACUUCAACACCCACACAGGGGACCUCAAGUCUCCCAUGACCCAGCAAAAGAUGGGCACGAAGCUCUUGCCAGCCAUCCAGACUCGUAACCACAUUGAGGCAUUGAUUGAGGCAGGUGCCAUUGAUGGAGAUCUGGCUGCCAAGUGGAAGGAAAAGGUGAACCAGGCGAAGCAGAUGGACACACUGGUGAAAAAGGCAGAAGCAGGUGAUAUGGAUGCUAUGUACGGAGUAGGACACAGGUAUUAUAAUGGUGUGCAUGGUGUCAAGAAAGAUGAAAAGAAAGCAUGUGAAUGGUUCAAGAGAGCUCGCAGUGCAGGGUGUGUCAAAGGCACAGCAAUGAUGGCAUGGUGCUAUUUGGGUGGUUGGGGUGCACCCAAGCAGCAAUCCCUUGGCCUCAUCCACUUGACCAAUGCUGCAAGCCAAGGAUCCAAUGUUGCAGCAUAUCACCUGGGAAUGGCAUUUGCCAAUGGAACGUUUGACUUGAGAGUGGAUAUAGCAGAGGCAAUCUACUGGUUAGUGAAGGCCAUUGGGGACUGUCCCCAUGACCACUUGUCAGAUUCUGCAAAGAAGGAAGCUGGGAAAGAGCUUCGCGACCUCAUCGAUCACAGCCUCAGGGCAAUGAUCGAAACGUCCUAA